AUGGGAUGUGUGAUUGGUCGUCAAGCAACAACGUCUGAGAAGAAGGUUGAUGAGGUUGAUAAUGGUUGUGAGAAGGAGAAGAUUGAUGGUGGUGAUAGGGUUCAGGUGCCGACGACUCGAGGCGAAAGUAGAAGAAGAUUGAAGGCGAAUCCGAGGUUAAGUAAUCUGCCGAAGCAUUUACUUGGGGAACAGGUUGCUGCUGGAUGGCCGCCUUGGCUUACUGCUGUGUGUGGGGAGGCUCUUAGUGGAUGGAUUCCGCGAAAGGCGGAUACAUUUGAGAAAAUUGAUAAGAUUGGGCAAGGAACUUAUAGUAAUGUGUACAAAGCUAAAGACUCAGUGACUGGUAAAAUUGUUGCUCUCAAGAAGGUUCGUUUUGACAAUUUGGAACCAGAGAGCGUUAAAUUCAUGGCUAGAGAGAUUCUUAUUCUGCGAAGGUUGGAUCAUCCAAAUGUUAUUAAGCUGCACGGUUUAGUUACAUCGAGGAUGACUUGUAGUUUGUAUUUGGUGUUUGAUUACAUGGAACAUGAUUUAGCUGGACUUGCUGCAAGCCCGGAAAUCAGGUUUACAGAGCCUCAGAUAAAAUGUUACAUGAAUCAGCUGCUAUCGGGACUUGAGCAUUGUCAUAACCGACAUGUACUUCACCGUGAUAUUAAAGGAUCAAAUCUUCUUGUUGAUAAUGAAGGAAUACUAAAGAUUGCUGACUUUGGGUUGGCAUCCUUUUUUGAUCCAAACCAUAGGCAUCCCAUGACUAGUCGUGUAGUGACACUUUGGUAUCGGCCUCCAGAGUUGCUUCUUGGUGCUACAAGUUAUGGUGUGGGUGUAGACCUUUGGAGUGCUGGAUGCAUUUUAGGAGAGUUAUUGGCGGGGAAACCAAUUAUGCCCGGCCGUACAGAGGUGGAGCAACUCCAUAAGAUAUACAAACUAUGCGGUUCUCCUUCUGAUGAAUACUGGAAGAUGUCAAAGUUGCCAAAUGCUACCUUGUUUAAACCUCGAGAGCCGUACAAGAGACGCAUAAGAGAGAUAUUCAAAGGUUUUCCACCGUCUGCUCUACCCCUUAUUGAUAAUCUUCUUGCAAUUGAUCCUGUAGAACGGAAAACCGCCUCAGAUGCUUUGGGAAGUGAGUUCUUUAUGACAGAACCUUAUGCUUGUGAUCCUUCUAGUCUUCCAAAAUACCCCCCAAGCAAAGAAAUGGAUGCUAAAAAACGGGAUGAUGAACUGAGGAGACAAAGAGCUGCAAACAAAACUCGGGUUGAUGGUUCAAAGAAGCACCGUACUCGUGAUCGUGCUGUGAAAGGUUUUCCUGCUCCCGAAGCCAAUGCCGAGCUUCAAUCCAAUAUUGAUAGAAGACGUCUAAUCACUCAUGGAAAUGCCAAGAGCAAGAGUGAAAAGUUUCCUCCACCACAUCAAGAUGCACAGCUUGGUGUUCCUUUGGGAUCUUCACAUCGUAUUGAUCCAGAAACUAUUCCUGCAGAUGCAUCUUUCAUUUCAACCACAUAUACUUAUUCAAAGGAACCAUUCCAAGCUUGGUCGGGUCCAAUUGCUAAUGCCGCUGAUAUUGGUUUGCCGAUGCGAAAGAAACACUUUGCAGAUGUGUUUGAUUUAUCAAAGUCACCUAAAGGUGCCCACAAGGACAAGUUUAAAGGAAAAGGAAUUAUAGCUUAG